UCUUCUCCUUCUUCUCCUUCUUCUCCUUCUUCUCGCCCUUCUGAGCCUCGGGCGUGUCCUGCUUUGCCUUCUUCUUGCCAUCGGCGGCAGCGGCAGGGGCGGCAGCAGCAGCAGAAGCAGCAGCAUCAGAAGCAGCGGCAGCGGCCUUAUCGCCCUUAGCGGCAGGAGCAGCCUGCUGCUUCUUGACCGGAGCGGGGGCAUUCAGAUUAAUGGCGACCAGCUUAAGACCGGCCUUGGCCAAAGCCUCAGCAGACACAGAGUGCUGGAUGAGAUCAAACCAGCGCGAAAAGUUAUUCCAGUUGAAGCGUUUUUGGGCCGACAGCGACUCCAUGAAUGCAUGUACAUUGGCAAAGGCGAUCAGAUCAGCCAGGGUAAUGCUGUUGGAUACAAGGUAGGUCUUGCCAACGAGGCUCUCGUUGAUGGUUUGGGCGAAAAUCUGGCGCUCCGAGGGACCGUGGCGGGAAGACAUGGUCAUCCACUGGCUGAUCUCGGCUUGGUCAGAAUCGGUCUGGCCAGCAAGGGGGCUGUUGUACUUUGCAGCAAUGAGCUGGGCGAUCGAGUUUGUGCCCUCGACCUUUUGGCCGUCAAGAUCCAGCUGCGACAGCUGAUCUGCAACAGCGGCGACAGAGAGCUCCUUUUCGGCCUCGGGCACAAAUGCCAGCAGCAACUUGAGUGCAGAAUCGGUGUUGUUGAUUGAAAUGGACAUUUUUUUUACAAGUUGAAUUUAACAAAAAAAUUUGAAGGACAGAAAGAAAGGAAAAUAUUGAAAGACCUUGAUUUACCGCUUUGAACGCUAUAGAUGCGUAAACACAAUCUCGAAAAUUACCC